GCCGGGGACGGGAGGGCUGGCAAGCGGGGGCGCGGCUCCCGGAAAAGAGCGGAACGUCCAGGAAGCCGGGGCCGGUUCUGUCCCGGCCGCUGCCGCCUGCUUGCCGCGGUGGCCGUGAUGCUGCCCGCCCGCCCGCGGAAGCCCCGGCCUGCCGAGCAGGAGGGCUCUAACUCCGUGAGGACCCCAGCUUCGUUUCUGUAAAUGUGUGUGAGGGCCUGACUCCCAGAAUCUUGCUGGUCGCUGACUUUUCAGUAUGGGGAGGAUCGGCAUCUCCUGUCUUUUUCCUGCUUCAUGGCAUUUUAGCAUCUCUCCAGUGGGGUGUCCUCGAAUUCUGAAUACCAAUUUUCGCCAGAUUAUUGUCAUUAGUGUCCUGUCUGCUGCUGUUUCUCUUUUAUACUUUUCUGUUGUCAUAAUCCGAAAUAAAUAUGGGCGGCUAUCCAGAGACAAGAAAUUUCAAAGGUACUUGGCACGAGUUACUGACAUUGAAGCUACAGACACCAGUAACCCCAAUGUGAACUAUGGUAUUGUUGUGGACUGUGGCAGCAGUGGGUCUCGAAUUUUUGUCUACUGCUGGCCAAGGCAUAAUGGCAAUCCUCACGAUCUGCUGGAUAUCAGACAAAUGAGGGAUAAAAACCGAAAGCCAGUGGUUAUGAAAAUAAAACCCGGCAUUUCAGAAUUUGCUACCUCUCCAGAGAAAGUCAGCGAUUACAUUUCUCCACUCUUGAACUUUGCGGCACAGCAUGUGCCACGGACAAAACACAAGGAGACCCCGCUCUACAUUCUCUGCACAGCUGGGAUGAGAGUCCUUCCUGAGAGCCAGCAGAAAGCCAUUCUGGAAGACCUUCUGACUGAUGUCCCCGUGCACUUUGAUUUUCUGUUUUCUGACUCUCACGCAGAAGUAAUUUCAGGGAAACAAGAAGGUGUGUAUGCGUGGAUCGGCAUUAAUUUUGUCCUUGGACGAUUUGAGCAUAUUGAAGAUGAUGACGAGGCAGUCGUGGAAGUUAACAUUCCCGGCAGUGAAAGCAGUGAAGCCAUUAUUCGUAAAAGAACGGCGGGUAUUCUCGACAUGGGAGGCGUGUCCACUCAGAUAGCGUACGAAGUCCCCAAAACUGUAAGCUUUGCCUCCUCACAGCAGGAGGAAGUAGCUAAAAAUUUGUUAGCUGAGUUUAACUUGGGGUGUGAUGCGCACCAAACUGAGCAUGUGUAUCGAGUCUACGUGGCCACAUUCCUUGGAUUUGGUGGCAAUGCUGCCCGACAGAGAUAUGAAGAUAGAAUAUUUGCCAACACAGUUGAAAAGAACAGGCUCCUGGGUAAACAGACCGGUCUGACUCCUGAUACGCCGUACCUGGACCCCUGCUUACCCUUAGACAUUAAAGAUGAAAUCCAGCAAAAUGGACAGACCAUAUACCUACGAGGGACUGGAAACUUUGACCUGUGUCGAGAGACUAUCCAGCCUUUCAUGAAUAAAACAAAUGAGACACAGACUUCCCUCAAUGGGGUCUACCAGCCCCCAAUUCACUUUCAGAACAGUGAAUUCUAUGGCUUUUCUGAAUUCUACUACUGCACCGAGGACGUGUUACGAAUGGGGGGAGAUUACCAUGCUGCUAAAUUCACUAAAGCUGCAAAGGAUUAUUGUGCAACACAGUGGGCUACCUUGCGGGAACGCUUUGACCGAGGCCUGUAUGCCUCUCACGCUGACCUCCACAGGCUUAAGUACCAGUGCUUCAAAUCUGCCUGGAUGUUUGAGGUGUUUCAUAGGGGCUUUUCUUUUCCUGUCAACUAUAAGAACUUAAAGACUGCCUUGCAAGUUUAUGACAAGGAGGUUCAGUGGACCCUGGGAGCAAUCCUUUACAGGACCCGCUUUUUACCCUUAAGAGACAUCCAGCAGGAGGUGUUCCGGGCCAGUCAUGCUCACUGGCGGGGUGUCUCCUUUGUCUACAACCACUACCUGUUCUCCGGCUGCUUCCUGGUGGUCCUGCUGUCCAUCCUGCUCUACCUGCUGCGGCUCCGGCGCAUUCACCGGCGCACACUGCGAAAUGGCUCGGCUGCCACUCUCUGGAUGGAGGAAGGCCUUCCUUCCCAGAAGGUGGCUGGUGCCUUAUGAGCCCGAGUUAGACAGCUCCAGGAAGACUCUCUAAAGGAAAAGCCAUUUUUGCCUCAGGGUUUCUCCUCUUUAUUCUCCUAUGGUUUUGUUUUUACUUUCCUUUUUUGUUCCUUAAAACAAAAACAAAAUUCAUUGUUUGUAGGCCCUGCUGUCCUAGAAAUAUUGCAUUUAACUGUUUUGAAUACAGCUUUAAAUUGUGGAGUAGGAAAAAAGGAAAUUCACUUGAUUUUUGCUGCAUAGGAUAUCUGUCAAAAAUUACUAAAAUUUUUGGGUGUUCUUUAGGCAUGUUAAAUUUUAAACUAAUGCACUUUGAUAUUGGAGGGAAGUGGAACAGAUGCUUUCUAUUAGUGGAGAUAGGACUGAAGAUUGAUACUUUUACAGAAUGAAAGAACUUAUUGACCGAGAUUAUAAUUCUCUUUUUUCUCUCUAGAGAGAGCUCUAACCUAAAGAGAAUGACAUUUGAUUUUUAUUUAUUGUUCAGGUCUGUCACUCUGUGUGUUUUCUUUUCAAGUUUAAAAAUUCGAAACCAUUUGUAUCCAAAAUAGAGAAAUAUAAGCACCAGGAGGUAACCAUUUUUAAAAUUGAUGGUGAAGAGAUGUGAAAAAUGUGAACUAUUGACUAGAGUUUUGUGUACGUGUGUGAAAAAUGCUAAUGAAACAGGAUGAGGAAAUGCAGUGCUUUUUCUUUUAAAAACACACACUUCAGGAUUUAUUUUUUCAUUUCAUUUUAUUUAGAAAAUUCCCAUUACUGUUAUAUUUUCCUGACCACAGAUUACUUUCUUUAUCCCAUCUUUCAGCAGCCUUGGAACACUUUGUUUUUGAAAGAAUUAGAAAAUUCAUAGAGUUUCACUGGUUUCAGUUUUAUUAGAACCAAAGCUGGUCUCCACUUCUAGGCACUUCAGUAAUUCUUAGUAAUAUGUUUUUGCUUGUUUAAUUUUGUUCCAGUUUCUUCCAAAUUCAAAUUGGUAUCUCCCUCUCCCUCUUAAUUAAAAGUUGUCUGAAGAGUUUUAUUUGGGUAAUCCCAUACAUAGCUUGACAUGUUCUCUUUAUUACUGCUGUAGUUGAAGUGUAGUGGCCAAUGCCACUGUAAAUCAAAACUAAGGGAAGAGUCUGAAUUAAGUGCAAGAAAUAAACUCACAUUUUGAAGAAAACAACUUUGACAUUUUAAGCAAAAACUUACCUAAAAAGAUCAACUGGCUUGGCAUAUGUGAGACUGGUGGUUUUUAACUUGUUUAGUUUAGAAGUUUUGGGAAUUUUCAUAGGUGAAGUUCUUUUUGUGCAAGUGUGUGUGUAUAUGUGCAUGUGUGCACACUUGUGCUAUUUCCAAAUUCCAGAACAGUUAAAUUCAUGUAGUUGGUAGCAAAUUGGCACCAGGAAGUGGGGUUGUUACUAUAACAGAUACUUGAAAAUGUGGAAGCAGCUUUGGAACUGGAUAAUGGGUAAAGGCUGGAAGAGUUUGUAGGAGCAGGCAAGAAGAGGCCUAUGUUGCCAUAAAUGGAGCAUUAAGGGUGAUUCUGGUGAGGGCUAGGAAGCAAAGAGUAGGAAAAGUUUGAAUCUUCUUAGAGAUUACUUAAGUGGCUAUGACCAGAAUGUUGAUAGAAAUACAAACAGUAAAGGCCAUUCUGAUGAGGUCUCAGAUAGAACUGAGGAACAAGGAGCAAAAGUCAUCCUUAUUAUAAAAUAGCAAAGAACUUGACUGAAAUGUGUCCUUGUCUGAGGGCUUUAUGGAAGGCAAAAUUUAAGACUGAUGAUCUAGGAUAUCUAGUAGAAGAAAUAACAAAGCAGCAAAAAAGCAUCCAUGCUGCUGCAUGGGCACUUUUAAUGACUUACUGUAAAAUAAGAGAGGAAAGAGAUAAUUUAAGGGCAGCUUUAUAAGUAAAAGGGAAGUAGAGUGGAAAGAUUUGGAAAUUUUGCAGAUUGGCCAUGUGGUAGAGAAUGAAAGAACAUUUUCAGCAAAGGAAACCAAAGAGGUGUGACCAUGCCACUGGUUGAUAAGGAGAUUAGUAUAGAUAGAAUGAAGCCAGAGGCUAUUCACCAGGACAAUGGGAGAAAAACUCUAAAGGUAUUCCAGAUAUCUUUGAGGCUGCUCCUUCCAUCACAGGCUCAGAGCUCUAGCAGGGCAGAAUGAAUUGGAUGUGCCUCUGCCCAGGACUGCCUUGGGUUUCUAUUUCCUGUUUUCCUGUGCAGCACACCUUAGCACCCUCAGCUGUGGCUUAAGUGGCCCCAGUUGUGGCUCUGUCUGCCACUUAGAAAGAACAAGUCAUAAACCUUGGUGGCAAAUGUGUGCUGGUAAUUCUCCAGGCACGCAGAAUGCAAGAGCUGUGGGGGCAUGGCUCCCUCCACCUAUAAUUCAAAGGAUGUCAUAAGCAGCCUGGGGGCCCAGGCAGAGACUGGUGGCAAGGGCAAAGUAGUCAAGCCCGUUCAUCUUGAGCACUGCCUUGGGGAGCCACAGAAUCUCAUCGUACAGUUUAUCAGUCUCUUCAAGGCGCUUCUGCCUGUCUUGGUUAAAUUUGUUUGCAUCAUAUGUACACUUCAUGGUCAAAGUCCUUAAGAAAGGAGGCAAGAACCCGGCUCCAUAAGGCAUUGCUUUUGGCCACUUGAGUGCCACCUUCCUAACUGGAGCUGUGGUGCUUUGGCAGAGGCUGUGGGGAGGUGGGGACCGAGCCACAAGGGGCCAGUAGCAGAUAUAGGAGGACGAAAAGUAAGGGGGCUGUAAAGGGUGGAGAGGGUGGACAGGGACCCACAGGAGUUAGUAGGAGGGACCCCCCACCACCUUUGAGGUCUUGUCAUAAGUCUCAAGGCCUGUACCUGAAGGUCCCGAAACAAAGACUGAUAGAAACAUCCUGCUCCAGCUGAGAGGGAGUGGUGGAUUUUCAAUUUUUAAAGAGUUCUUUAAAAAAAAAAAAGUUGAAGAAUUUGCAACAGACACUAAAUGUGACCUGUAAAGUCUAAAAUAUUUACAGAAAAAGUUUGCUGGCCCCAGCAAAAAAUAAUCAUGUUCAAGAAAGGAUUUAGACGGUAGCAUCUUAAUUCAGGAAUGUGGUUACCAUUUUUGGGCACAAAAAGAUGGGCAAGAGAAGUGACUAAACUUCAACUUUAAAAUAUUUGUUUAUGCACAAGAAUUUCACUUCUUAUCUCAGGUUCUAGAUUACUUUCAAGAUGAGUUUUCUAACAAACCAGGAAACCUGGUGCUCCCCAAAAUAAAAUGAAGUGCUGUUGAGGGGAGCUCAUUAUGUUGUGUCGAGAUGUCUGCAGUCACGACAGGUCAUGUUCCAGAGAAGGUCUGGCACUGUGCCUCGCAGCUCUGUGCAUACCACAGAGAAGACAGCAGAUGCUUCUCUGAACUUGCUAAAAGCUUUGUAAAAGCUAAGCAUUCUUGUUAAAUCUUGGCAGGGACACUUCAACAGUGAAUGCUUACGUUCCAUAUCUUCUGGGGAUGUUCUCAAAGUCUUCUCAGUCCUUUCAAGGUUUCAAUAUAAAAGACAAACACAUCAAUUUGUACCAGUGAUUUUUGCACAUUUUCGCCCCUAAACUUCUGGCUUUAGGCAGUGCUUCCCAACCUGGGGUAAAGAGAAGAUACUACCGGGGGCUUGAGGCCAGAGAUGGGGCGGCUCUUCCUGGCCACCCCGAGGCUGAGGAGAUCAGUAUUUCAACACCAGGUUUCCACACCUGUUCACUCUAGAGUAACAACUCUCAAUGCACAGAUACUUAAAUUUUAAACUCAGGCCUACACAGAAUAGUUUUCCUUAUAAGGAGCAAGAAACUAAAACAUGCAAAUGUGUUUUCCAAGCUUUAGAACAGAUCAGCUUUAGAAUUCUGUGCGGCAGUGUGCAAUGCAGUGUGCAAUGCAGAAAACCUACCUUUCAGUAAAUUAUUGAGUUAUUUAUUCCAGUGUUUCAUUUUGUAUUUUAUUGAGUUUCCCUUUCUGUAAUGAAUGAUGUGAUGAACCGAGGAGAAUUCUUUGUUCUGUUACUAAAAUUAUAUUUUACAGUUAGGAGUACAUGAACACAAAGUAUUUUUUAAGUGAUGUUUUCCACUCAAGGUAAGAAUUGUUAUCUUGGAAGUUUGUCAUGGUGCCAUGUCACUUUCUGUGUCUGGCAACCUCGCGUUUCCGCACUUGCACACGGGAGGGUGCUGAGAAUCAAUAAAGCAGAAGUUCACUCGA